CUCGUGUUGCGUAGGGAGCGAAGACGCAGCAGCCCCCAUACCAGACAUCAACAUCUUCGAACCCGGGUUUGGUCAUUUCUCGGACAGGCGUUCGGCGUCUUUGCAUUGCUCUCUAUCCAUUUCCAUCAUAUCUUUCUCUGUUUUCAUCUGACCAUGUCGGACCAGCUUUCGGUGCUUUUCGUUUGCCUCGGCAACAUCUGCCGUUCGACCAUGGCGGAGGGUGUAUUUCAAUCACUAGCGAAGAAAGAACCGUACGCGGGUCUCAUAGGAAAAAUUGACUCGUGUGGGACAGGCGGCUAUCACAUCGGCGAGGAGCCAGACGACCGGACCAUGUCAACCCUGGAGAGCCACGGUAUUACAGAUUAUAUCCAUUAUGCUCGGAAGAUUGAUGCGUCUGAUUUUGACAAGUUCGACUACAUCUUCGCCAUGGAUCGAGGCAACCUCGAAGACCUCCAACGCAUUCAGCGACGCAAACCGAACUCCAAGGCAAAACUCUUGCUUUUCGGAGAGUACUCGGGCACUGGCAAGGCAGAAGUCAUCAGCGAUCCAUAUUACGGGGGCAAGCAAGGUUUCGAGAAAGCGUACGAACAAGCGCUACGGUUCUCGUUAAACUUCUUAAAGGAAGUGUUCCCGAACGUGGAACCUCCCAAGCUUUAAUUUUGGGCAUGGGAGGCGUUCUGGAAGGGGCAGACCAGCGAGGCCAAUGCCCCAUUGUUCACGAAGCUGGCAGAUCAGAGACCGGGUAAUCGACCGAAGUCGUAGCAGCUUCACUUGGUAAGCCUCGGCUUGUGUUGGCCAGACAUUUUCCAGUGUUAAUCUUGUAUCUUGGCCUGGAAGCGGGCCAUGGGUCGCGGUCAGUGAACCCCGCAUCCAUGUAGUAGUGUCCUGUAUGGUGCCUUGAAUGGCCUCAGCCCUACGGCCAAGCCCGUCGGCAUAUCAGUCAGGGGUUGAUCCCAGCUUUGCGCUGGCAAGCGCUUGUUUGGCCAAAGCUGUACUACAACAAGAACACACAUUUUCAAUUUUUCAGUCG